AUGGGUUCUGAUGAAACCAAAUCGACGGUGGACACCGAGAAAUCGACCGUGCCAGCUGGAGGAAGCUGCACCACCUCGAAGUGUGCUUGGACGACUCAAGUUGUGCUAAGAGUAUUUCUGUUUGCAGCCACUUUGACAUCAGUUAUAGUAAUGGUUACGGGUAAACAGACCAAGAAUAUAUUCAUUCCUGGAACUCCCUUUCGUAUUCCUACUGCUAAGUUCACCAACUCACCGGCUCUAAUAUACUUUGUGGUGGCAUUAUCGGUGGCUUGCUUUUACAGUAUUCUAUCAACACUUGCUACUGUAUCUGCUAUGAAGAAGCCUUCCUCUUGCACUGCGAUGCUCUUGCUAAAUCUUGCGAUUAUGGAUGCGUUGAUGGUUGGGAUAGUAGCCUCAGCGACAGGAGCGGGAGGUGGAGUAGCUUACCUUGGUCUGAAGGGAAACAAAGAUGUCAGGUGGGGCAAAAUCUGUCAUAUCUACGACAAGUUUUGCCGUCAUACCGGAGGCGCAAUCGCGGUCUCAUUGGCCGCUUCGAUCAUCCUUCUCCUCCUCUCCAUCAUUUCUAUUUUCUCCCUCUACAAGAGAAUCCGUUGA